UGCAUUUUCUUUUCCCCCUUUUUUAUUUCUUUAGAUUUCCGUCUUUUCUUUUUGGGUUUAUUUUGGAUCAACUCAUGGAUUAUAAUCUCUAUCUCUGUUUUUUUUACCUAUUCGUGUUUGGGAGGCUCCCAAUUUCAUUUCUUUUAAUAUUAUUGCCGAUUCUGUAAAAACUAGGGUUCUCAUCUCUGUUUUGAAUCAGAGUUUUAAAAUUAAUUUUCUUCGAAGUUUUGCUAGUUUUUGACUUCAAAAUCCAAUCCCUUGACUUCAAUUCGUCUAGUUUUGUGUGCUCAGGUAUUCAAUAAUUUUCUUAUUAUCAGCUCCGAUCUCAAUCCGGGUGUCUGUAUGAGCUAUCAAUCUCUCUUAUGAUCCAAGUUAGGCGAUUAGGCGAAUGAACUCUUGUCGAUUUGCAGCUCCUCUCUUUAGAUUUUCUCCUCUAAUCGAUCCUGGUCUGGUCCAGGAUCCAGAUCUCUAAGCCUUUUAUUGCUGCGACGAGUCUCAAGAGAUUGUAGUUACAGGAAAGGAAUGUCCUCGUCUAUGAUAUUGGGUGACUUUGGCUUUAGAUGCUCCUUCUGCGCGAGCUGUUGUUUUUGGAGUACAUAUCGGCGGGCAUCUAUUUGUGGAAGUUCUUCUUUUGGUUGUCAUCCUUUUCCUGCUUUCCCUGAAAAGUUACAAGCCCCCGAAAAGGCCUUUAACCAAGAAGGGACCGAAGGCCCCAAUUUUGUUGAUUCAAUUUUGCCAAAGUAAAAAAUGAGUUGUUCACCGAAAAUUAUGGAUUUGGGCCUGUUAAAGUUCGAGCAUAUUAAGGAAAUAGAUGAGCUAUGUGAUGAAUGGGUCCCAGAAUCCCUCAUUCCUCCUCUUACAGAAGAGAUGCAGAGGGAACCUCCAAUGUUAGAAAGUGCUGCAGGGCCGCAUGCAAUAAUCAAUGGCAAAGAAGUUGUCAAUUUUGCUUCAGCAAAUUAUCUUGGAUUGAUAGGACAUGAGAAAUUGCUUGAGUCAUGUUCCUCUGCAUUGGAGAAAUACGGUGUUGGUUCUUGUGGUCCUCGUGGAUUCUAUGGAACAAUUGAUGUACACCUUGACUGUGAGGCCAGAAUAGCAAAAUUUUUGGGAACUCCUGAUUCAAUUCUCUAUUCCUAUGGACUGUCCACCGUGUUCAGUGCAAUUCCAGCUUUUUGCAAAAGGGGAGAUAUCAUUGUAGUGGAUGAAGGAGUCCACUGGGGAAUACAAAAUGGCCUUCAUCUCUCUAGAAGCACAAUUGUGUAUUUCAAGCACAAUGAUAUGGAAUCUCUAAGGAGUACUCUUGAGAAAAUCACUGCAGAGAAUAAGCGGGCUAAGAAAUUGCGGCGCUACAUUGUUGUUGAAGCUGUGUACCAGAAUUCUGGCCAAAUAGCUCCCUUAGAUGAGAUCAUUAGAUUGAAGGAGAAAUAUCGCUUCCGCGUUUUAUUGGAUGAGAGCAACUCAUUUGGUGCACUUGGCAGUUCUGGAAGGGGUCUCACCGAGUACUAUGGGGUUCCGAUUGAGAAGAUAGAUAUUGUCACUGCUGCCAUGGGACAUGCAUUAGCCACAGAAGGAGGAUUUUGCACCGGAAGUGCUAGAGUCAUUGAUCAUCAACGAUUGAGCAGUUCUGCAUAUGUUUUUUCUGCUUCUUUGCCCCCAUAUCUUGCGAGUGCAGCAAUAACUGCCAUUGAUGUCCUGGAGGAAAAUCCUGAUCUGAUAAAGAAACUGAAGGAAAACAUUGCCCGUUUAUGGAAAGGAUUGUCAGAUAUACCAGGCCUCUCAAUAGCAAGUAAUGCAGAAUCGCCCAUUGUUUUUCUCAAGCUAGAGAAGUCAACAGGUUCCAUUAAAAAUGACCUAACUCUUCUCGAAGAGAUUGCCGAUCGUGUGUUGAAGGAAGAUUCAGUAUUUGUGGUGGCUUCCAAAAGAUCGACGCUUGAUAAAUGUCGUUUAGCUGUGGGAAUCAGAUUGUUUGUUUCUGCUGGCCAUUCAGAAUCCGAUCUGCAGAAGGCAUCUGGAUCAUUGAAAAGAGUUGCAGCACAGGUGCUGAAGAGUUAAAAUUGGGUUGUGCAUGAAUCUCUUUCUCUGUGCGUGUGUGCGUGUGAACCUGCUGGACCUUUUCAGGGUUUUUAGACACCUUCAUUUGUUAGACAAUUUUGUAAUGUAGGCUAAGGCCUGUGGCAUUGAUAAUUUAUGUUCUACUUCUUGCUUGAUUAUUUAGAUUGGCAGAUUUUUUGCAUUUUAACCUGCGAGUAUGGUUAAUAUAGACUCUGUUCUUACAUCGAUUUUUAUUCUUGUUGUUAGUGGGUUAAGAAUAGGGAUGUACUGUGGACAACUUUUGGAUGUUACAAAUGUAAAGAUUUUAUUCAUUCUUCCA